GCGCCAGGCGGAAGGUCCCUGCCUUAAGAGCUAAUGGCGAACGCCGGCUGGUUGAAGGUGGCGGUGGCUUAGGCCUUGAAGGAGCUCAGCAUCUGUCGGAUAUCGACGCCAUCCUUCCUGCUGCAGGGUCCUCUUAGCUUAUUUUGACUCAAUAUAACUGAGGCCUGAUUGUGGAGUUGUGAGUACCUUGGUGCUGCUCCCAUCAUGUUUCUAUACAACUUGACCUUGCAGCGAGCCACAGGCAUCAGCUUUGCCAUUCAUGGCAACUUUUCUGGAACCAAACAACAGGAAAUUGUUGUUUCCCGUGGGAAGAUACUGGAGCUGCUUCGCCCUGACCCCAACACUGGCAAAGUACAUACUCUGCUAACUGUGGAAGUAUUUGGUGUUAUCAGAUCACUCAUGGCCUUUAGGCUAACGGGUGGCACCAAAGACUACAUUGUGGUUGGCAGUGACUCAGGUCGGAUAGUUAUCCUGGAAUACCAGCCAUCUAAGAAUAUGUUUGAGAAAAUUCACCAAGAAACCUUUGGCAAGAGCGGAUGCCGCCGCAUUGUUCCUGGACAGUUCUUAGCUGUGGAUCCCAAAGGGCGAGCUGUUAUGAUUAGUGCCAUUGAAAAACAGAAAUUGGUAUAUAUCUUGAACAGAGAUGCUGCAGCCCGGCUUACCAUUUCAUCCCCUCUAGAGGCCCACAAAGCGAACACUUUAGUAUAUCAUGUGGUUGGAGUAGAUGUGGGAUUUGAAAAUCCAAUGUUUGCUUGUCUGGAAAUGGAUUAUGAGGAAGCCGACAAUGAUCCAACAGGGGAAGCAGCAGCUAAUACCCAGCAGACGCUUACCUUCUAUGAGUUAGACCUUGGUUUAAAUCAUGUGGUCCGAAAGUACAGUGAACCUUUGGAGGAACAUGGCAACUUUCUUAUUACAGUUCCUGGAGGGUCAGAUGGUCCAAGUGGAGUGCUAAUCUGCUCUGAAAACUAUAUCACCUACAAGAACUUUGGUGACCAACCGGAUAUCCGCUGUCCAAUUCCCAGGAGACGGAAUGACCUGGAUGACCCUGAAAGAGGAAUGAUUUUUGUUUGCUCUGCCACCCAUAAGACCAAAUCGAUGUUCUUCUUUUUGGCCCAAACUGAGCAGGGAGAUAUCUUCAAGAUCACUUUGGAGACAGAUGAAGAUAUGGUUACUGAGAUCCGGCUCAAGUACUUUGAUACUGUGCCUGUUGCUGCUGCCAUGUGUGUGCUUAAAACAGGCUUCCUUUUUGUAGCAUCAGAAUUUGGAAACCAUUACUUGUAUCAAAUAGCACAUCUUGGAGAUGACGACGAAGAACCUGAAUUUUCGUCUGCCAUGCCUCUGGAAGAAGGAGACACAUUUUUCUUCCAGCCAAGACCACUCAAAAACCUUGUGCUAGUUGAUGAAUUGGACAGCCUCUCUCCCAUUUUAUUUUGCCAGAUAGCUGAUCUGGCCAAUGAAGACACACCACAGCUCUAUGUGGCCUGUGGUAGAGGACCCCGAUCAUCUCUGAGAGUCCUAAGGCAUGGACUUGAGGUAUCAGAAAUGGCUGUGUCUGAGUUACCCGGUAACCCCAAUGCUGUCUGGACAGUGCGUCGGCACAUCGAAGAUGAGUUUGAUGCCUACAUCAUUGUGUCUUUCGUGAAUGCCACACUUGUGUUGUCAAUCGGAGAGACUGUGGAAGAAGUGACUGACUCUGGGUUCUUGGGCACCACCCCAACCUUGUCCUGCUCAUUGCUAGGAGAUGAUGCCUUGGUGCAGGUAUAUCCUGAUGGCAUUCGACAUAUACGAGCAGACAAGCGAGUCAAUGAGUGGAAGACUCCUGGAAAGAAAACGAUCGUAAAAUGUGCAGUGAACCAGCGACAAGUGGUGAUCGCCCUGACAGGAGGAGAGCUGGUCUAUUUUGAGAUGGAUCCUUCAGGACAGCUGAAUGAGUACACAGAGCGGAAGGAGAUGUCAGCAGACGUGGUGUGCAUGAGUCUGGCCAAUGUGCCUCCUGGAGAACAACGGUCUCGCUUCCUGGCUGUGGGGCUGGUGGACAAUACUGUCAGAAUCAUCUCUCUGGACCCCUCAGACUGUUUGCAGCCCCUGAGCAUGCAGGCUCUCCCAGCCCAGCCUGAGUCCUUGUGUAUUGUGGAAAUGGGUGGGACUGAGAAGCAAGAUGAACUGGGUGAGAGGGGCUCUAUUGGCUUCCUAUACCUGAAUAUUGGGUUGCAGAAUGGUGUGCUGCUGAGAACUGUCCUGGACCCUGUCACUGGGGACCUGUCUGACACCCGCACUAGGUACCUGGGGUCUCGUCCUGUGAAACUCUUUCGCGUCCGGAUGCAAGGCCAAGAGGCAGUGUUGGCCAUGUCAAGCCGCUCUUGGUUGAGCUAUUCCUACCAGUCUCGUUUCCAUCUCACCCCCUUGUCUUAUGAGACUCUCGAGUUUGCAUCUGGCUUUGCUUCUGAACAGUGUCCUGAGGGGAUUGUGGCUAUCUCCACCAAUACCCUGAGGAUUUUAGCGUUGGAGAAGCUAGGUGCUGUCUUCAAUCAAGUAGCCUUUCCACUGCAGUACACACCCAGGAAAUUUGUCAUUCACCCUGAGAGCAACAACCUUAUCAUAAUUGAGACAGACCACAAUGCCUAUACUGAAGCGACAAAGGCUCAGAGGAAGCAGCAGAUGGCAGAGGAAAUGGUAGAAGCAGCAGGAGAAGAUGAGCGGGAGCUUGCUGCUGAAAUGGCAGCAGCAUUCCUCAAUGAAAACCUCCCUGAGUCCAUUUUUGGAGCUCCUAAGGCUGGCAAUGGGCAGUGGGCUUCUGUGAUCCGAGUGAUGAAUCCUAUUCAAGGGAACACGCUGGACCUUGUCCAGCUAGAACAGAAUGAGGCUGCUUUUAGUGUGGCUGUGUGUAGGUUCUCUAACACUGGUGAUGAUUGGUAUGUCUUGGUGGGCGUGGCCAAAGACCUGAUCCUCAACCCCAGGUCUGUGGCAGGAGGCUUUGUCUAUACCUACAAGCUCGUGAACAAUGGGGAAAAACUGGAGUUUUUGCACAAGACUCCAGUGGAAGAGGUCCCUGCUGCCAUUGCCCCAUUCCAAGGGAGAGUAUUGAUUGGUGUGGGGAAGCUUCUGCGAGUUUAUGACCUAGGGAAGAAGAAAUUACUCCGAAAAUGUGAGAACAAGCAUAUUGCCAAUUACAUCUCUGGGAUCCAGACUAUUGGGCACAGGGUAAUUGUGUCUGAUGUCCAAGAAAGUUUCAUCUGGGUUCGAUAUAAGCGUAAUGAGAACCAGCUCAUCAUUUUUGCCGAUGAUACUUACCCACGAUGGGUCACUACAGCUAGUCUCCUGGACUAUGACACUGUGGCUGGGGCAGACAAGUUUGGCAACAUUUGUGUGGUGAGGCUCCCACCUAACACCAAUGACGAAGUGGAUGAGGAUCCCACAGGAAACAAAGCUCUGUGGGACCGGGGCUUACUCAAUGGGGCCUCUCAGAAGGCAGAGGUGAUCAUGAACUACCAUGUGGGUGAGACAGUGCUAUCAUUACAGAAGACCACACUGAUCCCCGGAGGCUCUGAAUCACUUGUCUAUACCACCUUGUCAGGAGGAAUUGGCAUCCUUGUCCCGUUCACAUCCCAUGAGGACCAUGACUUCUUCCAGCAUGUGGAAAUGCACCUACGGUCUGAGCAUCCCCCUCUCUGUGGGCGAGACCACCUCAGCUUUCGUUCCUAUUACUUCCCUGUUAAGAAUGUGAUAGAUGGAGACCUCUGUGAGCAGUUCAACUCCAUGGAGCCCAACAAACAGAAGAACGUCUCUGAAGAACUGGACCGAACUCCACCUGAAGUGUCCAAGAAGCUUGAGGACAUCCGGACCCGCUAUGCCUUCUGAGCCCUUCCUUUUCCUGUGGGGCUUGUGUCAGAGACUUUGUUUUGUUUCCCUCACCAUCUGGCUCUGAACCAAUGGCAGAGGAAGGGUGGCUGGAUAAUUAAGACUUUGUAAUAUUAACGCUAGUUAGUCUUUCCUGUCCACUCUUUCCCUGGAGUGACUGGUUCCCCCUAAAACUGGCACUGAAAUUUGCGCUGCUUCUUUCUGCCUAGUGCAUAGUACAUUGCUCCCAGGUUUUGGUGUGUAAUAAGAUGUUCCCUCAGCCCCAAAGCCUUCCCUGCAUUGAUAUUUCUGGCUCUCUUGUCUACUUUUGUAUACACCCUUAGUUUUUAACUGGCUUUCCUGUAAAUAUAGUUUUGUACAAUGUUAUCUUUGUGGGAGGGAGGGUGGGAGGGAGUUAAGC